AUGGCGGCUAAGAGGAAAACAAAAGCAGGAUUAGGGUUACUGCUACACGACGACGAGUACACGACUUCCUUGGACGCCAAGAUUUGGCCGAUAAGAAGUUGCUUUCAUCCUCAUGAUGAUGAGGCCAAGGAAGCUAAGAAGGAGACUUGCGUUAUCUGUUUCGACGACGACAUUGAUCCGUGUUACAUGUUUUCUGUCAGUAAAUGCGGUCACAGGUUUUGCGUAAACUGCGUGAAAAAACAUAUAGAGGUGAAGCUGCUUGAUGGAACGUUACCGAACUGCCUUGAGCAUGGCUGCGAGUCUCAGCUCUGUAUCGAUAGAUGUCGCACGUUUUUGACUCUCAAGCUGAUUUGGAUGUGGGAACAAAGGAUUAGAGAGGACACGAUUCCUUCGAAGGAGAGGGUUUAUUGUCCGAACUGCUCUUACUUGAUGUCCAAAACCGAGCUUUUUUCGUUUUCUGGAUCUGCAUUUAGGAGAUGCUUUAAAUGCAGUGCCUCCUUCUGCUUCUACUGCAGAGUUACAUGGCAUAGUGAGCUAUCUUGCACCGAUUACAUGAAGCUGCAUCCUAGUCCUCAGAACGUAGAUGAUGCAAAGCUGGAAUCUCUGGCAAACCUUAAAGGAUGGCGUCAAUGCCACAGGUGCCAACACAUGGUUGAACUUUCUUCCGGAUGCAUCCACAUAACUUGCAGGUAA